UAACAAUAACCAUAAUCAGCUACUUUAAUCCCAUUUCCUCUUCAUUCCGAUGCUUUAAACUUCAGCAAGUUAUCUUGGCCAACAUGCACUGAAUUGCUGUCAAACAUGUAACCUAAUAAAAUGGCCGCUAAGUGUGUAUUGAAUACUGCUCUGUCUGGUGCAGCUGACCCAAUCUCUCACGUUAUUUAACCCGGAAAUAGUGUGUUUGCGUUUAACUUGACCUGGAAAGCGACCAGACGAAGCCAGGCUGCUCUUUACUGCGGGUGAAAACGGUUUAAUUCAGCAUCAGUGAUGAAUAGUUCUGGGGAUGAAGACGACCCGUUUCCCGUCGAUGACUGUCUGUUUAGUGAGACAUUUUCUCAAGAGACUGUGUAUAACUUAAUGGGUGAGGAGCUGAGGAUAAGACAGGUGUUCAGCGCCAACCUCGGCGUGGCUGCCCCGGUGUGGGAAGCUGCUUUACAUCUAUGUCGUUAUUUGGAGGAUCAGUCAGUGGAGCUAAAAGGACGGCGCAUUAUAGAGCUGGGAGCAGGAACUGGUGUGGUUGGUAUUUUGGCUGCUCGUCUCGGUGCAGAUGUGACUCUUACAGACCUCCCUCUGGCUCUUCCUCAGCUUCAGGCCAAUGUCUCUGGUAACAUGCCCUCCAGUGGUUGGCCCUCUGCUUCCCCCACUGUCCUCCCUCUAUCAUGGGGUGAAGACCAUCUAAAAUUCCCCUCUGACUGGGAUCUGGUUCUUUGUGCGGAUAUAAUUUACCUCCCAGAGACAUACCCACUGUUAGUGGAAACAUUAGUUCAUCUGUGCAAAAAGGAAACCAUGGUCUAUCUGUCAUCCAAGAUGCGCAAAGAACACAGGACUCCUUAUUUCUAUGAGGAGUACCUACCAAGCAGAUUUAAUGUGGAGCUCGUGCACCGUGAUGUCAAACAAAAUAAUCAUAUCUACAAAGCGACUCUGAGAGCAGAAUCGUGACAAGAGAGACGUCCUGCUACAGUGGACAGCUGUAACGGCUCUUUGAGGCCAUUUUUAUUAAAAAAUAAAGAGUGGAAGCAGGCGGUAAAAUGUAAAACUGUCAAACAACAAAUGUAUUUAUAUAUUUAUGUUAGCUAAUUUAGCCAUUUCCAUUACCUCUGAUAUCCUGUUAUUUUUGUCUUAAAUAAAUGCUUGAUUGAUU